AUGACUCGUUAUUCUGUAAUACUGUUGGCAUUUUUGUGCGCCCUUGCAGCAGCCUCGCCUGUCUUCCCAGCUUUUUUCAGUUUUCCAGGCACCAAGUCUGGAAACAAGCCUAUUUCAGGCGAUUCUCCAUUGCAGCAGUGUGAUACCGACGAAAAGCAGGUUUUGGACAUAAAAUUGGUCAAUUUGUUGCCCAAUCCUCCAGUGCGCGGUGAAAACGUCACAAUUUCUGCCGCAGGGUACGUGAAAGAGACGAUCGAAAAGGGAGCGUACGUGGACGUUGAGGUGCGUCUUGGAUAUAUCAAGCUGCUGUCACAAACAUACGAUUUGUGUGAAGAGCUCGAAAAUAACGAUGUGGGUGGUCUCAAGUGUCCUAUCAAGGCUGGCGAUUACAUGAUUGAAAAAACCGUCGAAAUCCCACAAGAAGUACCCCCUGGAAAAUACACGGUUUUGGCUAGGGCCUACACAGAAGACGACGACGAGAUUACCUGUCUCAGCGGUGAUAUCUAUUUCCCGGCUUAUUAG